AUGUCAGAAAAGGAGAUUGAAGACCCGAGUGAGUAUGCCGUCGCUGAAAUGACAAACCCCUUAUCUAAAGACAUAGAAGCGCACAUUGAUGCAGUGACUAAAUUAUACACCUCAAUGGUGAGUUUAAACCAAAUUCCAGUCAUACUUGUUAUAGGGCAAAGUGGUGUUGGAAAGUCAUCAUUGAUUAACACGAUAUUUAAAGAGACGGUAGCUGCUGAGGGAGAGACAAGUGAGACGACUGAGAACUUCAAAAAAUACACCUCGUCGAAAAUCACGAUUUACGACUCGAAGGGGAUCUCUCCGAUCGACACACAAAAUUUUGCAAAUUCUUUAAAUAAGUUUUUGGACGUCCAGACGGAGAAAAAGCGGGUCCAUAUUGUGUGGUUUGUGUUAAACUCCGUGUCGGGGAGACUUCAGCCGUUUGAAGAAGAGAUAUGUAACACGAUAUUAAUGGACGUCCCGGUCUGCUUUGUCUUGAACAAAAGCGAUUUGAGUACGGAAGAGUCGCGAAUGCAACUGAAUGAGUCGAUCACCAAAUUACAUUCAAAAUUGUGUCUUGGCGUCUUUGAGACGGUUUCCGCGACGCGAAACGCCCUUGUCAAAAUCGAUAAGUGCACAAAAUGCCAUGCAGAUGAGUUAGUGUUAUACAACAAAACAAAAACAAUUCAGUGUUGCAAGUGUAUGAAUGUCAUGAACGCGGGGUCGCAAGACGAAAGUCUUGUGAAGAAGACGUUGGAAAACAUACCACAAAUGACACAACGAUUUUUCAUUUCCGUGCAAAAGGCAAGCUUCUCGAUUAAAGACGAGGCCGCACAAAAAGAACUCUUUUUACUCGAAAAGGAAUUGAAAGAUGUGCCACUCGAUAAAGCAGUUCUGAGCGUUAUGAAUCGGAUGGUCAACAUCGCAAUCCUUUUUGAGUGUCGAAAAAGCUCUGAUAUCGGGCAAACUAAAAAAUUCCUCUUAACGAUUCUUUCAAAGAACAAAAGUGUGACGGACAAACUUAUACAAAUGAUCACCGGAAAUGAAGAGGAAGAGAAGACACACGCAUUUGCUAUUGCAGUCGAGUGGUAUCGAGUCUUAAAAGUACUCUGUUGGUCGUCUAUCCAAAAUUCAAUUAAUGAAGAAAUCACUUUAGAAAAGGCAGAGAAAAUAGUGAAGGAGGUAUUGGGGCUAUUAGUUAGUGGAGACCUAGAAGAUAUGGCCAUCAAAUUGUCAAAUUUCGGCCUCGGAGAAACAUUGAAGGAUUGCACGGAGAUCGAUUUGAAAAGUCUUGGUGUGCAAAACACACCACGAGUGUCAACAGAACAACAAAGUGAUAUAAAAGAAACAUCACCACAGCCAAAAACUGCGUGA